CGAAUUGCUGGAAAGCCAAAACUUUACGUGUAUUGUCAGAAUUUAUUUUGCUGAUCCCAACUUGGACGGUAAUCGGUCUCUGCAGGUGCAGUAAUUGUUGAAAAUAAUAAUAGGAUAAUUGUGCACACACGAACACAGAGGAUAUUACAUAAUAAUGUUCAAUAACAACAAUGAAACAAACGUCGACGACGAUUUGUUCGUCGCUAACGCAUCAAGUUCAUCACAUUUGGCGCAUUUAUUCGGCACAUCAGCCGAUUUAAAGAGCACACUCACCUACACGCCUCCAAAGCAGCCCCCAAAAACCACAGAACUUCAAAAUCUACCAGAAAAACAAAAGAAAUUGGUUUGUGUGAAAACUAUCACACUAAACCGACAGGUGGAAUCAACAUAUACAAUAGUUGGAAAGUAUGGAAUUGCAAUAAUUGCUGAUCAGAUAAGUGCAGAUUUAAUUCUGUAUAAAACCAAACAGAAUAUCUGCAGCACAACCAAAUUAUCAACUAAUUUUUGUUAUAAAUUGAUAAAUGAAUUGAGUUUUACAUUCACUGAUGAUCAAACUCUGAACUGGAUGGUUACAUUUGAUUCAAACAAAGAUAAAAUGGAUUUCAUGACUGAAUUGAGUAAACAAGGUGUUGGCAAACAAGAAAUUGAUGAGCCCACACAAUUCAGCACAAGAUUAAUUGCAGAGAAACCUGAAGAAGAGAAAACCAGGGCUGAUAUCUUAGGUAGAAUGUCUAAACUUGGCAUGAGUAUUCUUCCAGGCAGUGAAACUCCUUUAUCUUCUCCACUUCCUUCAUUAUCAUCAAUGUCUUCCAAAUUAUCGCUGCGGGAGAAGGAGCUCAGCGAAUCCGAACCGGAGGAAGUAAUCCGGACAUCAAAGGUAAGAAAAUUCCGUGGUAGGCAUUCUGAAUCUGCCAUUGAGACAAUGGAUCUAGUCGCUAAGCCCUCGGGUACUCCAACUGGUCAAUUUGCGCCAUUUGCCGCUAAUGUUCAGCAUGUUACUUUGGGGCACCAGUUGAUGGACCCGUUGAAUAUUUACUUCGCCGAAAAUAGAACGCAUAACUCCGAGGUUCGGAUGAAUUUGACGCAGCUAAGCAAUAAAAUUGACUCGCUAUUGCUAAAAAACCGAAGUGAAGAUGAACGAGAUUUCUUAGAGCGACGUUUAAUUGAACUAGAACGUAAGUUUGAGCGUUCUGCAGUUCCACAAGAAAACACAAAUGAGUUAAAUAAGAAACUAGAAGCACAAAUUAAGGAAAACGCGCAAAAUAUUCUCAAAUAUGAUGAAAUUAUCACAAAUCUACGGAAUGAGAAUGAACUGUUGCUUCAGAAGCUUGAAACUGAGCGUGUAAAUGCAGAAACACUGGGAACUUUAGAAGAAGAAAAGUUGUGUUUGGAAUCAAAAGUUAUUGAGCUGGAAAAACUCGUUGAGAACCAAAAAUUAAAGUUAAACGACUUUGCUGAAUAUAAUAAGCAGUAUCAAGAAGAGAAACUUGAUCGGUUGGCGCGUGAAGCAGCUGAGUUAGAAUUGAAGAGGAAUGCGGAGUUUUUACAGGUUUCUCUGGACCAAUCCAACAAAAAGAUUGACGAAUUAGAGAUGUUGUAUCAACAAGUUUUGGAGAGUAGGACCAAAGAAGAGGACAUUUUUGCGGAUUUAGUUAAAGAGGCCAUGAAUGUUAUGUAUCAAAACGUUCUGACUGAUAGCAUUGAUUCAACUACGAAUUUGGAUGUGAGAGAUUUAAAGAAAAUCCUACAGAAACAUCUCAAGUCGACGACUUUUUCUAUUAUUAAUCAGUAUUCAAAGCGCAAAGAUGUUGAUUCCAGUGGUGGUACACAAGCACAACUUGCUUCUGUGUCACCAGAGUUUGAAGUAACGGUCUAAUUAAUUAUAAGUGAUAUAUUUUAUAUGUAAAUAAAUAAAGCUACAGUUUUGGAA